AGCUCGAGUCCUGGAAAGGGCUGGGCGUCUGCCUGGUUGCUCUGGAGCCCGGUCCCGUGGUCGCCAAUCCGCCCGCCUCCUGCCAUGGGGAGCAGCGAAAGCAGCGAGGGUCGCAGGGUGUCCUUCGGAAUGGACGAGGAGGAGCGGGUCCGGGUGCUGCAGGGCAUCCGGCUGUCUGAAAAUGUGGUUAACCGCAUGAAGGAUCCCAGCCAGCCCUCCAAAGUGGGGCAGCCAAUUCCUCCUCCUUCAUUUGGCACCUCGAAAGGCCCAGAGAAAGAUGCCAAAAAGCCCAAGUCGGAUCACAGUGGAGACCAGCAGCCCCUGGGGCCGGAGGAUCUCCUCAGGAGGUAUAAACAGGAGCAGGCCACAUUCCAGGAAGAGCUGUUCCAGGUGGCAAGGAGGGAAAGAGAGGCAGCCAGGAAGCACUGGAGUGAGUCCCUGCAGAGCAGCGAGGGCUGCGCUGACCAGGAGAAGCUGAAGGCGGCCCAGCUGGCCAGGGAGCUGGAGAGACGGGAGGCAGAGCUGAAACGCCGCGACACCAUCUUUAAGGAGCAGCUGGCGUGCAUUGAGAAGAAGAAUGCCGAGAUGUACAAACUGUCUUCACAGCAAUUCCAUGAGAUGGCUUCGAAAAUCGAGGGCAUGCUAAAGCCCCGCAGACUGGAGCCCGUGUGCUCCGCCCUGCAGGCCCAGCUGCUCCGCUGCUACCGAGCCCACGUGCAGGAGGUGCUGCUGUGCUCCGACCUGGUCAAGGCCUACCAGCGCUGCGUGAGCGCCGCGGCCCACAAGGGCUGAGGAGCAUCUGCCCCUCCGGCUCUGGCAGCGACGGGAGCCCCGAAGACGGGACCAGUUACGGGACCACAGUCCACAGCCAGCCGCUUCCCGCUGGGCCUCACGGACGCCUCUGCUCUCGGGCUGCCACGCACUUAAGGAAUAGUACGUGCUUCUGUCCAAAAACAAAUAAAGCGUUGCAAUGUUUUCAGUCA